AGAACUUCAAGUUUCUGAUUCAUGACGAAGCGUGGCGGGGGGUUGUCCUUUUGCGAGCUCGUGGCCUUGGCCGCCGCCGCCGUUCUACUCGCGGCGCAGGCGAAGCUGGCGGUGGCCGGCGGCUACUACAACCCUGCAAUUGAGGACGUUGUGAGGGAAGAAGUGCAGAAGGGCAUAAAGACCUAUCCCGGCGUCGGCCCUGGUCUCAUCCGGCUCCUGUUCCACGACUGCUGGGUCAAGGGUUGCGAUGGAUCCGUGUUGCUGGAGAGAGCUGACUGAAAGGCCGAGAAGUACGCGGCAGCCAGCAUCGGUCUCCGCGGCUUCGAGGUGAUUGACGCCAUCAAGGCCAAGCUCACCGCCCACGGCGUCACCUGC